CUCUUCGUGUGGAAUUAAACCUAAAAAGACAGUGCACCAUUUUUACUGAUUAGCUUUGUUCAGCCAAUUAUGUGUAAAGCAGUGAAAGGAUUGACGUUCAGUGAUGGUAUGAAUAAACAAGAAAUGAAAAUAUAUGGAAAAGAACUGCUGAGUUCUGUCUGGAGAAGUGGAUGCUCUGGAAAUGCAGGAACACACAAGGUUAAAUGGAAAAUCUGCAGCCUCCUAGCUGUUUUUCGGCUAUAACAUCCCUAGAUAGCAUUCAGCAACCGACUGUAACAUUCACCACGGUCUUAAAUGCUAAAUUGUUAUUGUGUUAUAAAUUCAAUUUUACUGCAAUCAUAAAGAGCUUAUGGCCAGUGAACAAAAUAGUAGCAGGCUAGCAGCAGUAUUUUUGAUCUUUGUAUAUGUGUUUUCUAUUUCUGCGGUGAGAAAUGGCUGUACAAUGCUGCAUGUGUUAUUUGUACCCUUCAGUUUUCCAGUUCUCAAUGCACACAUCACGUGGGUAAGAGCAUUCCCCUGCAAUGACAUGGAAUAAAUGAGCGGCAUGUCACAUGACACAGAAGGGCUGGAAGCUUUGUGUUCCGGUCACAUGUGAUCACAGGGGCAGACACACCUCCUGUCAGGCACUCGGGAAGUACAAUGGCAGGAAGCCGGGCUCUGCUUGUUGGCUGUGCAGCUCUUUCUUGUAUUAUAGGACUGUCAAUAAGGGGAAUUCCUGUAGGUUUGAAUGAAGUUGUCAUUUGGACUGGAAGAUUUAUCUUGUUACUUGCUUUUCUUACCAUAAUAAUUUCACUUGUUUCUCCAUGGAUUACAUCAGUUAAUGUACAGAAGGACAUUUGUACUGUGCCACAAGAAGAAAAAGAAAGGCAGCAAAAGCUUUUAAGGGAAAAGCAGCAAGAACAGUUGAGUAAACAGGUACAUUCGCAUGUUGAGAAUGUUCUUAAGCCACGUGAAGAACUAAAGCUUCGAAAGAAAAUAGAAACACUUGGUAAAUCACAACUAUGGACAUUAUCUCAAGGCUGCAGGCUUGGUGAGGCUGAGGAGUCUGUGAACAUAUGCAGUGAUUCAGACGACGGCACAGAGAGUGCAAAUAAUGAGGCUGUAAGAAAAAGAAAACUACCAGAACAAGUCACCAAGCCCUUGCCAAAGAAUGAGCUCCCCAAACCUACAAAGGUAAUUACUUUGCCAGAAGAACCCGUUGAGGGAGGGAAUGGGGUAAUUACCAUCGCCCUAAGAUGUCCCAGCGGGCGUGUUUUUAAAAGAAGGUUUUACACUUCAUGCAGUUCACUUGUGUUGUUGGACUGGAUGAUGAAACUUGGUUACCAUCCGGUUAUUUAUACCAUCUGCUCUACAUUUCCAAGAUGCCAGUUAGAAUUCAAGAGUAGUUCAUCAUUAGAGGACAUUGGGAUUUUGAAGGACAUCGUUUUGAAUGUGGAAGAAAAAACUACUUAAUAUUCUGUGCGAGUUGGUAGAAAGUGAUGAUCUUUCCUGACCAACAGCACAGUUCUUCAUACAGUAUCUGUACAAGGUGUCAGCAUUAUAGUUUUUAUAUGUCUAUGUACAAUUUUGCAUCAACAAUUCUUCAGAAGUAUUGUAAGUAAAGGCUUCAGCAUUUUGUAACUUG